AUGAGGAAUUUAAAUCGAUUUAAAAUUAAAACUUAUGGCAAGGACUUUGAAGAAGUAUAUUUUAAUAAUGAAAAUAAAAAUGGAAAAAGAUUUUUUGCAAAUGAGAAUGUAAUGGUCAAAGCAAUGGUUGAUCAAGAGGAGUAUUUAAGAGAAAAGACUUAUUCUGCCCUAAUUCCACGACCCCCUGGUAUGUUAGAGUUUAAAAAGGCAAAAGAAAUUACAAUAGAAGGGAAUAUAUAUUAUUGUGUAGCCACAGAGCUUUUUAAUGGUAUUACACUCGAAGAUCGUAUUUUAGGAGGGUUUGAUUUAAAUUUAAAUUUUGUAAAAGCAGUAAUAAAUCAAAUUAUUGACUUAUUAAUAGUAUUCGAAAGUAAGAGAUUUAUACAUUGCGGUAUAAAUGCCAGAAAUAUUUUAGUAAAUGACCAGAAUGAAAUAAAAUUAAAUAAUUUUGGUUGUGUUCGUUGUUUCAAAGAAAUAAAAGAUCAAACUCUUAUAAAUGGUAGAAUUAUAACUAUUAAACGAGAUAUAGAAGAUUUAGGGAUUUUAUUUCAAAAAUCUAUCAUGGAUCGUGAAGAUUUGAAUGUUUUUAGGGGAUUUCCCUCAAAAUGUUCUGAUAGAAAUAUAACAUUGUAUGACUUAGAAAGGUUCCUUGUAGGUAGAGGACUUAGAGAUCAAGUAGUAAGCCAUCCUGUCCAUGUAUCUGCUGACACACCCAGAGUUACUAAUAGAAAUAGAAAAAAUUCUAUCUCUAUUAUAAAAUGGUUAAUUUUGUUUUUAAUUGGUUUUUAUAGUUUAAUUGGUAGAAUAGAUAUUCCAAAAUCUGAACCAGCAGUUGCUAAUAUAAAAGAGGUAUUUGUAAUGGAGCCAUUAUCAGCCAAAAUUGUUGAUGGUAAACAUUAUAUCACAAUACCAAAAGAUUUUUACAAAAAUAAAAAUAUAGAUGAAGAACUAGCUGAUAUCUCUGGACAAAAUAAAAUAGUAACACUAUUAUCAAAAUUUUCUUCUAUCCAUGAUGGUUUUGCCUUUCUUUUUGGUGGUUAUAUUAGAGAUACCAAGUGUCCAUGUUGUGGUCAUAGAAACCUUAAAGUCCAAUGUGACUCUUCAUGGACUUACACAUGCGGUAACAAAACAGAAAAAUUAGAACAUAGCCCGGUAAUAUCAACCGACUAA